AUGACAAUAAACCUGCCGCAUAGCGACGCCAAUAAUAAUACUCCCCUCCAAUCUUCUCAGACUCCUGGAGUCCCUCAGCAGGGUUUCCGUCGUCAUCGUCGUGCGUCGGGCUUUUUGAACCGCGAAGAGCUCGACAACUUCCUCGCGACCUUCAGCUACGCGAAGUACCCCGGUCCUGAUCGCAGCGGUCUCGAAGCUGCCACUCGUCCUACUCCACCACCACACCUACGCCAACCGCUCGACACCAACUCUGAAUUGCAUCCAGUCUUUGGAGAGCUCAACCGCGCCUUCAACCGCGCGAGGAUGUCCCUCAGCAACGGUUCUGGCCUGCCCAACAGUUCUCCGGGAGGUGGCAUGUUCACCAAUUACAUCGACAACAACCCCAAUCUCGCUGGUAUCCCACGUCAGACUCCGUCUCCUUCCCCUCCGCACGCAUCAGCCCAGGUCAACGGUGGCGGAAUGGCGGGGAUCAAUGGUGGAAUGCCCAUGAAUGCGGGCCAUCAGAUGGACCUCAACCAUCUGUAUGAAAUGGUCCUCGAAUUGAGCGAGGUGCUCAAGAACAAUCGCGAGAUGACCAAGGGCAUCAUCAACAGCGCGGAGGAAAUCAUGCUGACUUGUAAACUCCAGAGACGUGCGAGCUCUGAAGGCGCCAGCCCUAAUCUGCAGCAGGUCAAUGGAGAAAUAAGUGCUGCGCGCAUUGCGGAACUUGAGCGGGCCCUCGUUAAAGAAAAGCGUCUCGUUGAGGUCUUGAAACGUGAGCAGGUUGAGAAUACUAGACUCAUUGGAGAAUACGAGACCGCUGUCGGCACCAUGGUUGAGCAGAUCCGUAACUACUGCCACAACAACACCAUGCACUUCCUUGCUCAGAAGCGUCACUACAACAACCUCCUCCAAGCUGAGCGUGACGCCCACCUCGAGAGCCGUCUCGAUCGCGACCACUGGCACGCUAUGACCAUGAAAUGUGCCGAGAUGAUUCGGACCGCCUAUCGUCUCCGCUGCGAGGAGGAAGAGCUACCUAUCCGCAUUGUGGCUGGACUUCAGAACGAGGUCCGUGCCUACCGUAACGCCUUGGGCAUGGAACCCGAAAAGCCUGAGGAGGAGUAUGGAUGGGAAAUCCUCAAGGAUGCCCCUCCUGGCGUCGACUAA